AUGGAAGAACGAGGAUUCACUACGAUAAUCGACAUUACUAGGAAAUUUGAUUUACCUACGCACUUGGUCAGCAAGAUAGUCAACAAACACAUGUCUAAUGUCCAAAAAGAUGGCGAGAAUAUCUACACGGAUGCAUAUUUGGAUGAAUUCAGGGCGAAGAUAAGAGGAUUAUGUACCCCUCUUAUAGGCCCAGUAACAGUCAAUGUCGCGUCUGCAAAACUAAAUCUUGAUGAGCAUAUCUUCAUUUUUCUCCUGAAGCGACUCAUUAUAUCUGGUGAAGUGAUGGGAAUUCUUGUGGCCAGUGAAGGUGUCUUUGUUCCCUCUUGCUUCGUACGUGCUCAGGAUACAUAUAUUACAACAUUUUUUGAGCAAAAUGGCUACGUUGAAUGGGGUUUUAUUAAGCAACUUGGUAUACGUGAUCCCGGAUUAUAUGUGGGAUCCAAAUUAAAGGAGGCUUCACACUCUGAAGGUAUUAGCAUCAGUGAAUCCUUAUUUCUUCAAAUAAAGUCUGCUAUUAAUGAGGCUACAUCGGAUUCCUCUUGGGUUGAUCUGAAUAAUUACCUACCAGUCAAUGUUAAUCAGAAAGAAAUCGAAGCUUUAGUGGCACCACUUAUUAAGGGAAAGCCUGCAUGCUUACUGCAGAAUGCUAUGUAUGUCGUUAGUAAUGACUUUAAAAAACACUGCUUCUCCAAACUUGAACUAAUAAUUAUGAACAAAGCUGAAGAGGAGGCUCUCCGCAUAGAGUCUCUCCAGUCAGUCGUCGCUUCUACAACGCCGAUCGUCAGCGAGCAGGAUGAACAAUGCAACUCUUUAACUAAGGUAUCCAAAGCUGCAUGCGGGUUCGAGCUGGAUGCGAGAGAAGUCAAAACUAAAAAUACGAAAAGGAAGUACGUGGCCAACAAAGAUGAAAAUAUAGGUGAAAAAAGAGAAGGCUUAAUCGAAAGAUUUACGGACCAGGAUUCUAUAAUGUCCGUGCCCCUCACCACGGAUCCAGUAUCAGCUUUUUCAGAUGAUUUUCAUUUCCUCCUCACAGAUGAAUCUGCUACCGAGCUACCCUCAGAUCUUAUUGACGGGAUAUUGCUAUUGCUCUCUGAGGAUAUUAAAAAGCUUUACUCCGAUUGCAUCAUCGCCGCCUUGGCCCGUAUGGCAAAUGCUACCAUCAAGAACAGAGAUUAUACUGGAAUUAAAACUCUCCUCAAAAACACUAUAAUGGACAUCCAGCUGAUGGAACGGGGAAUAUUAGCCAUCGAUUCAGAUUCAUUGCGCCCAGAAAUACUCAAACAUCUGAUGCGUAAUCACGCCUCUCUAUUUAUCAACAAUAUUUGUCAUCUUAUAGCCUUAGAUGAGCAUCUUCAGUGGCCAAAUGCUAGCACCUCAGCCAAGUUUGAGAGCCGAUUAAGUCAUAAAAAGAAAGGAGAUGAUCAAAUGCUAGAUGAAUUUGAUUGGAUUGCCUUUAAUCUCUCGAAAUCAGGCAAGUUUACUCUAAUCCACAUCUUGUUACGCUAA